AUGGAGAAACGGUGCAUCUGUGGCAAGCAGACCCUGAAGAAUCAGCCCUGCUGGUUCGAGGAGCCGCGUUGUGGUACGAUCUGCGGCAAGAAGCUGAAAUGCGGUACGCACCUGUGUACAAAGCCUUGUCACAAACCCGGCGAGUGCGAAGAUGCAGGCAUCCGGGGCUCUCAUUGCUCUCAGCCGUGCUUGAAAGUGCGAAAGUCCUGCGACCAUGUCGACACGGAUGUCUGCCAUGCGCCGUUCCCCUGCAACGAGGAUAAGCCUUGCCAAGCUAAGACCUUUAUCACCUGCGAAUGUCAACAUCGCAAACAGGAAGUCAGAUGCAUGGCGUCGAAGACGAACUCAUGGCCGGAGCGCCAACCGCUGAAGUGCGAUGACGAAUGCCUUCGGCUGCAGAGGAACGCACGACUCGCUGCGGCUCUGAAUAUCGACCCUACCACUCACACAGAUGACCACGUGCCUUACUCGGAGACUACCCUGAAGUUCUUCAGAGACCACCCAAAGUGGGCACAGACUUACGAACGCGAGUUCCGAGUCUUCUCAACCGAACCUUCAGAGAAGCGGUUACGCUUCAAGCCCAUGAAGCCGCACCAGCGCGCCUUCCUACACUCCCUGGCCGAGGACUUCGGACUCGACAGCGAAUCACAGGAUCCUGAGCCUCACCGACAUGUCUCCAUCUUCAAAACACCCCGGUUCGUCUCUGCACCACUCAAGACACUGGGCCAAUGUGUCAAAAUCCGGACGGACGCGGCGCAGGCCUCUCAGUCGCAGACAACCAACAUCAUCGUGCCGACGGAGCCGUUCAACGCCCUGGUCCUCUCCGCUCCCCGCUUCGGACUCACAAUCGAAGAGCUCGAGUCCUCACUGAAGCUGGACUUCGCCACCCAGCCGUCCAUCUCCUUCACGACCAGCUUCCUCCCGUCCGACGAGAUCGUUCUCAAGGGGUCCGGCGCCUGGACGCCACAGGCGCUCGAAGCCUCCGUCACGGCGCUCAAGCCCGCCGUCGCACAGACCGUGGCGCGGCAGGGCUUCGCCAAGGCCGUGUCCCUCUGCCACGUCGACUCGUCACUCAACGUGCUCCGGCGCGAGGCCGAUGCCAGUAAGAACGAAGGCGGCUGGAGCUCCGUGGUGGGCCGGUCCGCCGCGCGUCCCGCUGUCCGCCCCGCUGCGUCCGCGGAGAAUGCGUCGGUGCGUAACAAGUUCGUCCUGCUGAAGAAGGAGAGCAAGAAGAAGGUGGAGCAGCAGCCGGUCGAGGAGGACUGGGAGGCUGCUGCCGAUAAGCUUGACGAGGAGUAA